CUCUUCUUCACUAGCUGUGGCCAUUGUCUGACCACAGUUGAAUUUCUUAUUUCAUUCCAUCGAGGCCGCCAAUCUUUUGGCCAGAAAAAAAAUUAUAAAAAUGGGUGUAAAAUUUCUCGAAGUACUACGACCAUUUAUUUCCGUUCUGCCUGAGGUCUCAAAGCCCGAAAGAAAGAUCCAGUUUAGAGAGAAAGUACUAUGGACGGCGAUUACGCUGUUUAUCUUUCUUGUCUGCUGCCAGAUUCCUUUGUUUGGCAUUAUGUCGUCGGAUUCAGCUGAUCCCUUCUACUGGAUGCGAGUGAUUUUAGCUUCGAACAGAGGUACCCUCAUGGAACUUGGUAUAUCCCCAAUUGUCACUUCAGGACUUAUUAUGCAGCUUUUGGCAGGUUCUAAAAUUAUUGAAGUUGGUGACAGUCCAAAAGACAGAGCUCUCUUCAAUGGAUCUCAAAAGUUGUUUGGUAUGAUCAUUACCAUUGGCCAAGCUGUUGUGUAUGUUAUGACUGGAAUGUAUGGUGAUCCUUCUGAUCUUGGCCCUGGUAUCUGCCUUCUGAUUAUCAUCCAGCUGUUCUGUGCUGGUCUUAUUGUUCUCUUGCUGGAUGAACUUCUUCAGAAAGGAUAUGGCCUUGGAUCAGGAAUCUCACUGUUCAUUGCCACAAACAUCUGUGAGACUAUUGUUUGGAAAGCAUUCAGUCCAGCCACUAUUAACACUGGCAGGGGUACUGAGUUUGAGGGUGCUAUCAUUGCCUUGUUCCAUCUGUUGGCCACCAGAACAGACAAAGUGCGUGGGCUCCGUGAAGCUGUCCAUCGUCAGAACCUACCAAACAUCACUAACCUGAUUGCCACAAUUUUUGUCUUUGGUAUAGUUAUUUACUUCCAGGGCUUCCGUGUAGAUCUUCCCAUCAAGUCUGCUCGCUACAGAGGCCAAUACAGCUCUUACCCAAUCAAACUGUUUUACACUUCAAAUAUUCCCAUCAUUUUGCAGAGUGCCCUCGUGUCCAAUAUUUAUGUCAUUUCCCAAAUGUUGUCCACUAAGUUUGCUGGAAAUUUCUUCGUCAGUCUUCUUGGAACAUGGGAGGAAGCUGGUGGUGGACCUGCGCGAUCAUACCCCACUGGUGGCCUGUGCUAUUACAUGUCACCUCCAGAGACAGUGAGUCACAUCAUAGAAGAUCCCAUUCAUGCCGUCUUGUACAUCGUGUUCAUGUUGGGCUCUUGUGCUUUCUUCUCCAAGACAUGGAUUGAUGUGUCUGGCUCCUCAGCUAAAGAUGUUGCCAAACAGCUGAAGGAACAGCAAAUGGUGAUGCGUGGACACCGCGAUAAAUCCAUGGUCCAUGAACUCAACAGGUAUAUCCCUACAGCUGCAGCUUUUGGUGGACUUUGUAUUGGUGCCCUUUCAGUCUUGGCUGAUUUCAUGGGUGCCAUUGGCUCAGGAACAGGUAUUCUGUUGGCUGUCACCAUCAUUUACCAAUACUUUGAAAUCUUCGUUAAAGAGCAAAGCGAAAUGGGAGGCAUGGGAACUCUCCUGUUUUAAACAAGCCAUUCUGCACUGUAUCAACCAUCCCAUAAAAUUACCACUGUACUUAAUAUCCAGCCUAAGAAUGGAAGUUUUUCUCUCUCUUGAAUUCUGUUUAUUUUGUGAUUGAAAAAUGAAAUUUCACCUUGUAUUAGCUUAUUUGUACUCUUGUAAGUUAAAGAUUAAUCUCAAAAGGACAGUAGCAGCAACAGCAACAACAGGGACCAUCAAAUUAGAACUUUGAUGGUUAAAUUUCUUACAAUAAGCUACAAUAAAUGUAUUUUCUGCUCCAAUUCAGAGAUAUCUCCUUGUCCACUUACCUUUUGGACGUUUAUUGUGUGAAGAAAGGAUUCAAAGAUUUCUCCCAAAGAUGAUCUUAAAAUACCUGCUUAUUUGAUUUGUAUUUUUCAUUGAGUUCUUUCAAUAUUUUGGGAUGCACCACUUUUAUUCAUUUCAGACUAGGCAAAUGUCAGAAAUUUCCAUCUAGGAAAACUGCUCAAAAGAUUUGCUAUUUUAGUGAGACAUUAAAAUUUUAUCAGCAGAGAUAAUUUUGCCAUCCCAUUAACCAGGCUCAACUGUACAAAAAAAUUGGUGGCUGACCUCGUGGCUAUACAUGGACUUGUAAAGUUUUUCUUCCUUUUCUAUUUUAUUAAAUUUUAUGGCCAACUUCCUUCUCAAAGCAGGGUUGUAGAGUGUGUUUCCUCUUCACUGUCUUUCCUUGUUUUUAUGUGUUUGAGGUGAAUGGCCAGGCUCCCUUGAAAGCGGUGCAAUGCCUGGUGGCAUGAGAGAGGCAGCAAUAAGAAAGACUGUGAAAGAAAGGCUAGGUGAAGAGUACUGGAAGGUACUCUGCAUUACGAAUAUUCACUUGGUUAGAAGAUGGUAUUCUCAUACAGUAUUUCACUUUGCAAAUUGUUGACUAGGGUCGUUGCAGUAGAUACUUAAAUUUCAAUAUUAUCUGCCUUUAUUGUAUUUCGAUACUGGUUAAUGGAAGGUUCGUUUUGCAAAGAUUAAAAGUGAUACUUGCAUCUCACCCACAUAAAUAAAUAAACAAAUAAAGUGCCUUGUGUGAAUCC